AUGGGGGCACCGAGCGAUGGAGGGGGGUUCCAGCCCAGCUCCCCGAACGUGCGCCCCGGGCUCCGGCCCCGGCUCUUCCCCACACGCUCGCCUGGAACGGCCCGGUCCCGAAGGGCAGGCAUUUCCCCACUUUCCCGAGAGCAACACCGCGCCGGCGCCACGGCCCACUUCGCGGGGGCCCAGGCUGCGACUCCCGAGCAUCCCCGCGCCGUGGCCCCCGCCGAGCCCUCGGCAGGCCGCUUUGGGGUAAGGCCCUCACUUCAUCCAGCAACCAGCACCAUUUGCCCAGCAUUCGCCCAUACCAUAGCCUCCAUCUCGGAGCUCACCUGCAUCUACUCGGCCCUUAUCCUGCACAACAAUGAAGUGACAGUGAUGGAGAAUAAGAUCAAUGCCCCUUUUAAAGCAGCUGGUGUAAAUGCUGAACCUUUCUGGGCAGGCUUGUUUGCAAAGACUCUGGCCAGUGUCAAUAUUGAGAUGCUCAUCUGCAAUGUAGGGGCUGGUGGACCUGCCCCAGCAGCUGGCACUGCACCAGGAGGUCCUGCCUCCUCCACUACUGCUGCCAGAGCUGAAGAGAAGAAAGUAGAAGCAAAGAAAGAAGAAUCUGAGGAGUCUGAUGAUGACUUGGGCUUUGGUCUUUUUUGUAACAGUCUGCUAAAUCUCUUUUGUAACAGUCAAUAAAAAGCUGAACUCUUAAAAAAAAAAAAAAAAAAAAAA